GAAGAAAAGAAAACAGGUUGCAGAGGUUCAUGUUUUCUAUUUUCUGUUCUUCUCUUUUAUCCUGAUAUGUGAAAUCAAAAGGUGAGCUUUCUGUGAGGAAAUUUAUAACGGCGUGGCAACGUUUUUCAUGUUCAGAAAAGUAAAGAAGGAUUCAGUCCAAUUAACAAGAAAAAGGAAAAUGGGUUAUCCCCAACCCAGAGAAUCCAAGAAAACCCAUAUGCGGUUUGUGGUGAUCACAAUUCUUUCCUGGAAAUCUAUUAACCUCCCCAAACAGAGCUCAACAACAAAAAGCCAUACUAGAAGAAAGUCGCAGCACAGACCCAUCAUACUACUACAACCUCUGUGCACCCACAAUAUGCAGCAACAUAACCUUGACCUACCCAUUCACCGUUCCGUCGCCAUGCCAUCCGUACUUCUUGGAGCCCUUCUGUGUCAACGACAACGACAAUGACAAUGCCACCUUCUACAUCAGGACCCCUCAAUCCAACAACACCUUCAGGAUCUUCCCCGCUAAUUUCACUGCCGACCCAGUGACCAUCUCCUUCGUGAUGGCCUACAACCCUCUCUUCAGCUGCGGGCCCAUCUCCAAGCCCAACUACUUCGAACCCGUCCCAGCAUCCGUCAUCUUCCCGGUGGAUUCAAUCGUGGGCACACACUUCAACUGCACCCGCGCAAUCCCUGCGGGGGCACUGCGGGGGCUCCAAAAUGCCUCAUGCCUGGGCUGCCUCGGUCAGGAUCCCAACAACGUGUGCUAUUAUGCGCCGGGUCUGCAGGCAGCGUACCAGAAUUGCGAGACCUAUGACAUGUACACCAAGAGGGAUUUUAAUGUGAGCGCCGAGAAAGAUCUAAGGGGCUACCUGCAGCGAGGUUUUGAGAUGAGGUACACCAAACCCACAGAGUGCCGUGGGUGUGAAGCCACCGGUGGUAGGUGCGGUGUCAACCCUUCUUCUUCGACGGAGUCCUUUGUUUGCUUUUGCCCCUCUACCAUCCACUCUUUCAACUGCUCCGACGGGCUGCUGGUUGAGCUUGAUGGAGCACCAAUGAAGGGCCAGACUCAGAAACUGGCUAUUGGUCUAGGUAUAGGGUUGGGAGCAGGAUUAAUAUUGUUCAUAGGCAUUGUGGGCUAUUUUCACUUCAAAAAAAGGUGGAACAAGAAUAAUCAAGGUGAGUUUGAUGGUGAGGAUGAUGAAGCACUAAGGUUCUACCUUGAAGGAGAUAAAACAAUUCCAGCUUCUAUAGAGACUUUCUUGGAGAAUUAUACGCUAGGAAGGCCUACUAGGUUCUCGUACAAGCAGCUCAAGAGAUACACCAACAACUUCGCUCACAGGCUUGGUCAAGGAGGCCAUGGUUCUGUCUUCAAAGGGAAACUCCCCAGCGGCUUAUUUGUUGCUGUUAAGCUUCUCAAUGACACUGAUCAGAGUGAGGCUCAAUUCGUCAAUGAGGUUAGAGUCAUUGGCCAAAUCCGCCAUAACCAUCUGGUUCGACUUCUGGGCUACUGCAUUGAACAUUCUAGGAAGGUUCUUGUUUAUGAAUUCAUGGAGAAUGGAUCUCUUGACAAAUACAUCCAUGUAGGGGAUAGCCAAAAGACAGAAGAGAAGUUAAGUUGGAGUCAACUUCAUGACAUUGCAGUUGGAACAGCAAAGGGGAUAAUGUAUCUUCAUGAGGAUUGUAGAUCUAGAAUAAUACAUUGUGACAUUAAGCCUCAUAAUAUCCUCUUGGACCGAAAUUUCCGACCAAAGGUGUCAGAUUUCGGUUUGGCGCUAGUCAUGAAUAGGGAUAAGAGUCAUGUCUCUAUCAGCCAUGGGGCUGGGACACCAGGAUAUGCUCCCCCAGAAAUGUGGUGGAUGAACUGUGGAAUGGUAUCAGAGAAAUCUGAUGUUUAUAGCUUUGGGAUGGUAAUGUUGGAGGUGGCAGGAAGGAGAAGGAAUCUUGUGACUGAUGUUAGUAGUUCCAGUGAGAAGUACUUCUCUGAGUGGGUCUUCUUGCACAAUGCAGUAAAUCCAAGCAAUAGUGGUGAGGAACGAGGGAUCGUCAAGAGGAUGGAGCUGGUAGCCUUAUUGUGUAUUCAAUUUGAGCAGUCCAAGAGGCCUUCCAUGAGAAGAGUAAUUGAAAUGUUAGAGGGGGAUGUGGUGAUUGAGAUUCCUCCAGCACCAUUCAAUCCACAUACCUUAUCAAACAUUUGAGUGGAAAACUGGGUGCCGGUUAGACCUGCAGCUGGAUCAUUCAAGAUUCAAUGGAAGGCCUCAAGCACCUUGAGUUCUUCGGUUUCAUUUUUCAUACAUGUAUGAGAAAAAAAAAAAAAAAGACGCCAUGUUUGUGUGAGUUAUUAUUUUCUCUAUGAUCAUAAUUCCUUUUUCAAAUUUCCAAUUAAUAGUAUAACCUUUUGUCCCAGCUAA